AUGUAUCUGGAGAAUAAGAGUAACCUGGAGAUAGAGAUGUCCCAAGCGUCUGCACAGGGACAGGGCCGCAGUCUGAGAGGUCCAGAGGGGGAAAACUUUGGGGAGCUGCGACUACUCCAGGGCAUGUCCGACCGGAGGGACACCCAAAAGCUCCAGCAGUCUGGACAGUGUGUGAUUCAUGCAGAGGGCUUUGUGCCUGUGAGGCAGGAGGAUGGGCAUAAUUUCAGCAUUGUUAACAUCCUCAGAGGAAAGAAUAAUGCGGCCAACAUCACAGAGAGAUCUGCUCUAUUGAGGUUCCCACAAGAUGACAGUAUCACUUACAUGACCGUACAUGACCCUGGAUUUGCCGGAGUGGAUGAACAUUGGGGCCACGGUUCUCUGGAUUUCGAGAGGAGGUUCAGACUGGGCAGUGAGGUGACCAGUCUGUCCCUCUCCCGAUCCAGCUCCUCGGACAAGAACGACUCUCACGACCUCAAUCUCAACUUCAAUCUCACACACAACAUGAGAUGCUGCAUGAAGGCUGCUAAAACAGCCUGUAUUUUCACUAUAGUAGUCCUCUGCAGUCUUUUCUUCAGCAUGUAUCCAGACAGAAACAACCCCUGGAGGAUGUUGGCCGUGUCACCCGCAGACAGUUUCUCCAUAAACUUGACAGAUUUCCAUGACAAUGCUCUGCUGAAGCUACAGGUAGCCGGGCCUUUCUCUCGAGGGAUGGUGGACCUGAUUAAUCAGGACUACAUCUUGAUCCAGGUAGAACAGACAGACGAGCCGAGCCAGAGGAGGAGGAGAGCCCAGCAGGUGAUUCACAACUGGACCAUCCCUCUACACGGAGAGCGCAGUGACCAGACUGUGGUAACAAGGACAUUUGAGAUGCUCAGCAGUGACCCCAUCAGCAUCACAGUGCAGGCCUUCAUGCAGGAGGAGGAGGUGGUGCCUCUGUCCAUGACCCACCAGUCACUCUACGUCACUGUGGAGACACAGGUGGCUAUCGCUGGUAUCAUCCUCACCGGGGUCUACAUUCUCAUCAUCUUUGAGAUAGUUCACCGGACCUUGGCUGCCCUGUUAGGGUCCCUCGCAGCAUUAGCAGCUCUGGCUGUAAUCGGCGAUAGGCCAAGUCUUGUCACUGUGGUGGAGUGGAUCGACUAUGAGACUCUGGCUCUGCUGUUUGGCAUGAUGAUUCUUGUCGCCAUUUUCUCUGAGACUGGAUUCUUUGACUACUGUGCUGUGAAGGCCUAUCAGUUAUCCCGAGGAAGAGUUUGGCCCAUGAUUAUGAUUCUGUGUCUCAUUGCUGCCAUUCUCUCAGCGUUUCUGGACAAUGUGACCACCAUGAUGCUCUUUACUCCAGUCACCAUCAGGUUGUGUGAGGUGCUUAAUCUAGACCCGAGGCAUGUCCUGAUUGCAGAGGUAAUCUUCACUAACAUUGGAGGAGCAGCCACAGCUGUCGGAGAUCCACCCAAUGUUAUCAUCGUAUCCAACCAGGACCUGCGCAGACAGGGGAUAGAUUUUGCCAGUUUCACUGGCUACAUGUUUCUGGGAAUCUGCCUGGUACUGUUGACCUCAUUCCCAUUUCUAAGGAUGCUCUACUGGAACAAAAAGCUCUACAACAAGGAGUCUAUUGAAAUAGUCGAACUAAAGCAUGAGAUCCUGGUUUGGAGACAGACUGCCCAGCGCAUUAACCCUGCGAGUCGAGAGGAGACUGCUGUGAAAUGCCUCCUAAUGCAAAAAGUCCUCAAUCUGGAAAGUCUACUUCGCAAACUGAUGAAAACAUUUCAGAGAGAAAUUUCUCAGGAGGACAAAAACUGGGAGCAGAACAUACAUGAGCUGCAAAAGAAGCACAAAAUCACAGACAAAGUGCUGCUGGUGAAGUGCAUCUCUGUCCUGAGUGUGGUCAUCUUUAUGUUCUUCCUCAACUCCUUUGUCCCCAGCAUUCACCUGGAUCUGGGGUGGAUUGCUGUCUUAGGGGCUCUGUGGCUCUUAGUACUGGCUGAUAUUCAAGAUUUUGAGAUCAUCCUUCACCGAGUGGAGUGGGCUACAUUACUGUUCUUCGCAGGCUUGUUUGUUUUAAUGGAGGCUUUAGCACACCUGCAGCUAAUCGACUACAUCGGAGAACAGACCGCGCUGCUCAUAAAAGCUGUGCCAGAGGACCAAAGACUGGCCAUCGCCAUCAUCCUGGUCAUGUGGAUCUCCGCUCUGGCCUCUUCUCUCAUCGACAACAUCCCCUUCACUGCCACCAUGAUCCCAGUUCUAAUAAACCUGAGUCAGGAUGCAGACGUGAACUUGCCAGUAAAGCCGCUCAUAUUUGCUUUGGCCAUGGGAGCCUGUCUUGGAGGAAAUGGUACAUUGAUAGGAGCUUCGGCCAACGUUGUGUGUGCUGGCAUCGCUGAGCAACACGGAUAUGGGUUUUCAUUCAUGGAGUUCUUCAAACUGGGCUUCCCUAUGAUGAUCAUGACGUGUAUGAUCGCCAUGUGCUACCUGCUGGCCACUCACAUUGGACUGGGCUGGAACAUGUAGACCUCCUCCAGUCUGCCGCCAAAGACACUUUGACCAGCCUCGACCAAGCAACUGGACUGGCUUCGAGACAAUUAUACGAGACACAGACAGAUUUUGAACCAGGACGUUUAAGACCUGCAAAUAUGUCUAACACUGAACACUGCAAAUAUUAUUGGACUCAGGUGAUAUUUUAGCUGUUAUAAAUCUGUACAUUUGUUGUCAGCUAGUCCAAGGGAAAACCAUCCUGCUCCAUGGUGCUAGUGUCUGAAAAUUCACAAAUGAUAUCACAUCUAUAAUAACCUUUGUUCAGAAAAGCAGCUAACUCCAAAUAAAACGACUCCUUCUUAUUGUGAAGUUGUUUGGCAGAUCGGUGCCUUGUGUGUCCAUGUUGAACCACUCCACCCGGUUAAAGGGAUUUUAUAAUGUUCAAUGUUGUCAUGAGACAUUUUAUUAAGAAAACACA